CAGCAGCUCCCCCACCCCCCCACCCCCUUCCCACCACCACCACACACCCCCACCCCACCCCACCCCACCAUGUACAACGGCAUCGGGCUCCCCACUCCACGGGGCAGCGGCACCAACGGCUACGUCCAGCGGAACCUGUCCUCCGUCCGGCACAAGAAGGACAGGGUGGACUACAAGUCAGAGGAGGAGCUGAAGAAGCUGGAGUCGGGCCUGGUGAAGAAGCCAAACCAGGACAUCCUGGACCAUGAACGCAAGCGCAAGGUGGAGCUCAAGUGCAUCGAGCUGGAAGACAUGAUGGAGGAGCAGGGGUAA